AUGGCUGACCUGGGCCUGGCAUCCUGGGCAGCGUUGUGGGUGCAGAUGCCCCCAUCUCAGCAGCCGCCGUGGCUGACCCAGCCUGGGAGGGGCCUGAGGGCGGGGCAGCAGAGGGAGGGGCCUGGGAGGGCAGCUGCCAGAGCCCGGAGCCGGGCACCUUCACUUCUGGGCAGGUUGGCAGGACGUCACCCCGUGUCUGGCCGGCAGCUGCAGCCCGAGGAGCCGGAUGCAGAAAGUGAGGAGGAGCGUUCUGUGACCGAAGGGCCUGUGGAUGAGAUCAUUCGACCGCGGCCACAGGGCUCGUCACCCGUCUACGAAUGUGCCGCUGAGGGCCCCGGCUUUGGACUCCCGGAAGACACAGCGGGCAGGCAGGCCCCCUCGGGGAGACGGAGAUCCUGGUGGAAGCGGCAGUCAGGGGACCCACAGGCGUUUUCCAGGAUGAGUCAUCCAGAGGAGGCGACAGAGGUGACCCUAAAGACGGAGGUGGAGGCUGGAGCCAGCGGCUACAGCGUGGCCGGUGGUGGGGGCCAGGGGAUCUUCGUGAAGCAAGUGCUGAAGGGCUCCUCGGCCGCCAAGCUCUUCAGCCUGAGAGAAGGCGACCAGCUGCUCAGCGCAACUGUAUUCUUUGACAACAUUAAAUACGAAGACGCUCUCAAGAUCCUUCAGUACUCGGAGCCGUACAAAGUUCAGUUCAAACUCAAACGGAAACUUCCUGCCCCAGGGGACGUGGAGCGGGCUGCCCGCGGCGCUCAGGGGACCCCAGGGCACACUGACACACAGGACACGGGCGUGGCCGAUGGCAGCACAGACACCCCCGUGAGGACGACGGACACCGAUGGCGACCAAGAGAAACUCCUCUCCCGGCCCGGGGAGGGCAGGGGCAGGCGGCCCCAGAGGGAGCGGCUCUCGUGGCCCAAAUUCCAAACCAUAAAGAAGAAGCAUGGGCCCGGGCCCCGGCGGUCGCACAGCUCCUCGGAGGCCUAUGAGCGGGGCAAGGCACCGGCCGCGUCCCCCACGAGCUCGGACACGGAGGCCCAGUUGGCAGCGGGGGAGCAGGGGCGGAAGGCAGGCAGCCAGCGCCGGAGGAGGGUCCUGAACCUAGGCUUCAGGCUGGGCGCAGGGAAGGGCCCGUCGCUGGCAGGGCGACCGGGCGGAGGCGCCCCAGGUGGGGGAGUCUGGGCCGGGGUCCUGCAGGAGGAGGGGACCCGGGACGACAGCCGAUGGGACACUGGGGCUGCUGCACACGUCGGCACAGAGGAGAGGCGGGAGGGGCUACCUGAUCAGGGUGCGGAGGCGCCCGGAGCGUCCGGCCUCUCCACCGAGGGGGUCCUGGGGCGAGGGGCGGACGUGGCACCCAGACGCCGAAGGAGGACACAGGAAGGGACAGUUCUGGAGGAAGGGGUGUCCCAGGGGAAGCCCGGGGCAGGCCCAGCCCCAGGACAGGGCAUGGGGGACCGCACCGAAGGGGUGCAGGCGCGGGAAACGGGGGGUGCUGUGCCGUGUCUGCAGGACACCCCCGUGGAAGGUCACAUGCACGGCCACCAACCAGACUUCCGGGUCCGGAUACUGGACUUGAAGGUGCCUAGGUUUGGCAUUUCCAAAGAAACAGCACUUGCUGAGGAGGGAGAGAUGCCCACGCCGCAGGAGGGGCCCGGCCCGGAGAGGCCGGCCGCCCGGGCCGCAGAGCAGAGGGACCUGAGCACAGACGUGAGGCCGGACACAGCUACGGCAGUGCAGGGGCCACACCGACAACGAGCAGGGGCGGGAAAGGACGCAGAAGGCCAAGGCAAGGCUCUCCGGGGCGAGGCCGAGGACGUGGAAGGAAAACCGCAAAAAGUGACCAUGCUGAGGACGAGAACGGAAGUGCUGGGCUGGGCCCCGGGGCAGGACGCACGGGGAGGGGCAGAGGAACGAGGACAGAGGACAGAAGUGGAAGGAAAAAGACACAGGCACGUGACAGCCAUACACUUGCUGAUGGAGUCCGAGGACAGACGGGGAAGAGAUGUCACAGCACACGAGGGGCCACCAACGAUCACGCAAGACAGAGGACAGGGGCCAGGGGUGGACGCUGAAAUCACCCUGAAAGACGAGGGACUCACUACGAGGGACAGUGGAUUCACUAUACUCAGGUUCCAGAUGCCAUCUGCGGAGCUCGAGCUCGCCGGGCCAGAGCUGGACGUGGCCCUGCCCGAGGGCGAGGCGAUGCCGGGCGAGAUGAAGGGCAAAUCUGAAGAGGCCAGGUUCAAGAUCCACUUGCCCAAGAUGCAGAUGCCCAGCAUCAAGGUGCCCAAGGUGGACAUCAAGGGCCCCCAGGUGGACAUCAAGGGCCCGAAGCUGGACAUCAAGGGCCCCCAGGGGGACCUCAAGGGGCCCAAACUGGACCUGAAGGGCGCCAAAGGCGAGCUGGCCGCCCCCGACGUGGACGUGACGCUGCCCAGCGUGGAGGUGGACAUGCAGGCGCCCGGCGCCAAGCUGGAGGGCGACCUGGCCGUGGGCGACAAGGAGGUGGCCGCCCGAGACAGCAAGUUCAAGAUGCCCAAGUUCAAGAUGCCGUCCUUCGGCGCGUCGGCGCCAGGCAAGUCCAUCGAGGCCUCGGUGGACGUGUCCCUGCCCUCCGCCCACGCCGACGUCAAGACCGGCGACCUCAGCAUGGAGCUGCCAGCGGCCGACGUGGCCCUCAAGGCUGGCGAGCUGGGCGUGAAGCUCCCGGAGGGCCACGUGCCCGAGGGGGAGCUCCAGGGACCCGCCGCCGGAGCCGGACUCAAAGGACACCUGCCCAAGAUGCACAUGCCCAGCCUCAAGAUGCCCAAGUUGGACAUCCAGGGCCCCCAGGUGGACAUCAAGGGACCCAAACUGGACCUGAAGGGCGCCAAAGGUGAGCUGGCCGCCCCCGACGUGGACGUGACGCUGCCCAGCGUGGAGGUGGACAUGCAGGUGCCCGGCGCCAAGCUGGAGGGCGACCUGGCCGUGGGCGACAAGGAGGUGGCCGCCCGAGACAGCAAGUUCAAGAUCCCCAAGGUCAAGAUGCCGUUGUUCCGUUCUUCCUCCCAUAAGGCGUCAUGGGUUUUACCCGACGUUCAGCAUCCUGAUAAAGGUGCCGUCGCCCCCCAUGUCCUCGAUCCCACGCAGUCAGCUGUGGUUUUAGUUGAUUACUGUCCUUCCACAGUUCACCGUGAUGAUCGGGUUCCAUUUGAAAACGUUGAGGAAGAAAGCUCCGUUAGGAAACCGGAUUUUCAAGUGUCUUCGGCUUUGUCUCCUCCAGGGCAAUCUGCAGGCCUGAGCACCCCCGAUAUGGGUCCUGCGGUGCAUCUUCCUGGGCCAUCCUCGGCCACCCCAUCGCAGGUCGGCUGGCCUGGCUCUCCUUCAGACGGGCUACUCGUCAUUAGUCCCCAUGCCGAAUCCUCUGCCCUCCCUUCCUCUGAGGGUGUGACACUUACAAAAUACCAGAUGACUUUCCCCAGAACCACUGUGGUUCCUGAACUGUCUCAGGGAGCCCUGCCUGAGUCCCCGGGGGGUGCUCACCCUGCAAGGUCAGAAUGUUCCACAGGUGUCCCAUUUUGGGAGACGGUUCCACUGUCCCAACCCGAUGGCUACCCUGGACCCGUGGAGCACCUGCUUUCCACAUCUUAUGGUCGAGUUACUUUUCCUAAGUUUUAUCAACCAAAGUUCAGGGUUUCAGUCCCAGAAGGAGCAGAUGCUGAGCGGGAGCCCCGAGACCUGGCUGAUGCCCUACCUCCCCCAAGCCCUGCACUCCAGGGACUGGCCUCCUCAGCCGAGGAAGCUCCAGUGUCCCCACGGCCAGGCCCUGAGCUGCCGUCCACAGGUGUCUCCGUGCCUGAGGGUUCGGAGGGCCCCGUGGGCCCGGCCUGGACCGCAGCCGUGGCUCCAGGGGGUUGCCCCGCUGAACACACUGACCGUGAAGGCAAAGGCAGUUCGUUACGCAUGCCUCGGCUCAGGCUCCCGUCCUUCAGGCGGUCCCCGAAGAAGGCGGUGGAGCCGAAAGGGGCCCCUGGACACGGCCUGGUUGUAGAUGACGGCCCUGCGGGAGCCGGGACCGAGGUCCAGGUUCCUGAAAUGGACGUGCACGUGGACGUGACUACCGCGGAGGAGGGAGCGGAGAGCAGGGUCAAGACGCCCGGCUUUGUGGUGCCGAAGCUGGCACUUCCCACGGUGGGGGCUUCCACGGGGGGACCUGGCCUGCCCCAGGGAGACCCGGCUGCGGCCCUGUCUCACCCCUCUACAGCAGGAGCCUCCCAGGCCACACCCAGCGCUGGGGGUGCUGUUGCAGGCGCUCGCGCAGCAGAGGGCGUCCCAGAGGGAGCGAGCUCGGACCUCUGCCUGCCCGAGGUCCACCUCUCCAGCGUGAGCUUUGUCCACGCCGACCGCAGGCCCGCCAAGGUCCAGGUGCAGGUGAGCCAGUCUGCAGGUGGCCUUCCUCCUACCACACACGACCUGAGUCUGGAAGCUGGCAGCAAAGGGCGUGGGCUUGGGGACGGCUCUGUGAGUCAGCCUGGGGGGGAAGCGACCGAUCCCUCAGCAGAAGAGCCCCUCCCAGCACCCGGUCAGGCAGCACGUGCCGCGGUCCCCGCCCCGGCGGGGAGCAUGGAGGGGGACCCCGCGCCGGGAAGCGAGACUGCGGGCUCCCACGAGGGCUGGUUUCGAAUGCCCUCGCUCGGUCUGUCCAGCUUCUGGCGCUCCUCCAAGGAGAAGGGUGAGGCCAGGGGUGCCGCUCAGAGGCACGCGGCUGUCACCAGUGCCCCAGGGCAGCAGGAGGUGCCAGCUGCCGCCAGCGGUCAGGGGCUCCAGGUUCCCGGGUCCGAGGCGGAGGCAGCUGUGACCCCGCAGCCCCCAGAGGCGGAGGCGGAGGCGGAGGUGGACGUGGCAGGGGUUGCACGGAGAACGCUGGACAGCAAACGCUUGACGCUGCACCUCCCUCCUGCCGGGGGCUCAGCUGGCGACCUUCCCACUUCCGAUGUCCGGCUCCGUCCAGGCGAAGGCUCCCUCCCCAUUCAGACGCCCAGGGGGAGACUUCCAGAAACCCAAGCUCCUCCAGGAGAAGCGGGCCAGACUUCCGCCCAGGGAGGACAGAGACCAGAGGGCCCGUGUGCCCCGCCCGAAGGCCCCCUGACCCUGAAGGCCUCCAGGACCCACGCGCCAUCUCCCAUUGCCAUUGUGGACCUGCGGCAGCCCUGGGGGGACUCCGCGCUGACUGUCACAUUCCCCAAGUUAAAGGUGCCCAGGUUCACCUUCCUGGCCCCGGGCCCCGAGGCGGGGGCCGCCGUCUUCACCCCCUCCGUGGGGGCAGUGUGGGGCCCGGACAGCAGCCUGGACCCAGCCCUGCGUGAGGGAUGCCCCGGAGGCUGGGGCGCUGGGGACCCCGGGGAGCAGCCUGUGGUCCAUGACCUCUCUCCCGAAGCACCCCCCAUUUCUAAGGUCAGAGUGCACAUCCAGGGUGCUCGGGUGGAGAGCCAAGAGGUGACCAUACGCAGCAGGGUGACGGCAGGCGUCGUGGGCCUCUCGGGGUCCCAGGCCUUAUCCGCUCAGGGCGUGCAGGCCUCCGAGGCCCCCGUCUCGGCGACUCCGACACCGUCCUCUGCGUUCUCGUUGCUCAAGAGACAGCCCGACCCGCCGGCUCAGGCCCGGGGGCCCUCGGUCGCUCUGGGCUCUCCGCCGCCAGACGGCUUUCAAGAGGCUCCCCAACUAGUCACCCUGGGAGCUGACCCCGGGGCCGGGGAGCCCUUCGAAAUGAUCCCUUCCAGCCUCAGCACGCCGGGGCCGCAGACGCUGGCGGGCACCCCGUUUGCAGACGGCUGUUCGGACGAGGAGCCCGCGGAAAUUCUCGAGUUCCCGCCGGAAGACGGUGGAGACUCGGCACCACCGCCGGCCGCCGAGGACAGGGCGGCGAAGGGGAAACCGGACAGCAGAAGGUCCGGUCUGUUCCGGUUCUGGCCGCCGAAUAUCGGCUUUUCUUCCUCUGCCGGGGAUGCGCCCGCGGCAGGGCCCCCCGAGAAACAGGAGAAGGCGGGCUGGUUCCGGCUCCCCAAACUAGGCUUCUCCUCGUCCCCUCCCAAGAAAAGCGACAGUGCCGAGCACGAGGCGGGGCUUGCGGGGCGGAAGCUCCAGGAAGAAGCCGUCACCUUUUUCGAUGCCCGAGAAAGCUUCUCCCCUGAGGACGAGGCCCGGGGCGCCGAGCAAGGCUCGGGCGGGCGGGAAAGCCAGUGACCGGCCUGCACCCGGCCCGCGGCCAGCUGAGAGCCGCGGGGGUGACUUCUCGGGGGAGGAUGAGUGACCAGAGCAAGCCGAUGGCGUGGCAACCGCACCCACAGGUCGGAGAACCGAGUGGACGCCCCGCCACUAACACAGCCGCUCCCAAAGCGGGACGAAAAACGCGCCCAGCUCCCCGGACUGAAUGCAGAGGCGGCUGGGCUCGCGGCUGGACGCCGGGCCCCGGGGCUGUGGGCUCCGCAGGCCGCGGGAGGAGGUCUCUAGACACGGGUCUGCGACUGCGGGCGACAGCCCGGGGGGCACAGCUGUUCCGUGAGAAGGGGUGAUGGCGGCUGCGGGCCAGACCGGGUGUGCCCUCACCCCCGCUCCACGGCUGCUUCCUGCGGACGCAGCCCCGUUUCCCGCAGUCCCGCACGCCCCCGGAACCCCACUGCCUGCGCGCCUGGAACCAGCUCACUGCUCUGUUGACUGUCCCGCCAAGGCGAGCUUGGGGCCUUCGCGUGGCAUUCACGGGUGCUGGGCGGGAGAUUGGCGGCUGGCGAGAGGUCCCGGGCCGUCCACUUGCCUGCGCGCGCCUCGCCACCUCUCCGACCGGGUCUGCCCCGCGCCCCCGAGCCCCUCCUGUACACGCUGCACCAGGCUCCCCCCGUGGCUGUUGCCCCGUGGGCAAUAAAGGAGUGUGCUCCCAUG